CUCGGCUGCUGCCAUUGCUGGUACGCGCUCAGGUGCUGCUGGGAGUAGCUGUACGCCUGGGGCGGAGGGGGCUGCGGCGAACCCAUUGGCAUACCCAUCGUCGGCUGUGGGUACCCGGGAGGAGGUGCACCCCCAGGGAUAGGGCAUAUAUUUGCCGCGUGUCUCGUGUCUGCCAGUAGAGCCGUGUGUGAUACUGGAGCUAACGUUCCCGCCACACAGUUUGCUGAUGGUGGAAGACUGCACGAUGACAUGGCUUCUGUAUCUACUGCAUCUUCGCCAUGCUGUAAGCUUCGCACUUGAUGUUCUGUGUACCGCGUGCCAGUUGGACUUUCAAACUGCUGUUCUCGCCUGGACCCCGUCAACGAAAGAUACAACAAAAUGCACGGACGCAACUGCAUACGGCCACCUGCGUAGAAAUGAGACCCACUACUGAGAAGGCGUGUGAUGGAACCACAGAUUAUGCCGUAAUGAAAACCAAAUCGGCGGCCAAAGCAAAGGCCGAAUGUCCGUAUGCUGGAGCCACCGCAGUGAAGUCGUCUGUCGUCAUAAUGGUGUCGGCUCUGUUUGUGUCAUACCUCAAGUUUUGAUUCACACCUGCUUGUGACAGUUAGCCAAAUGCUACACUAACAGUUUUCAGCUUGUAGACCCGUACUAUGGCAAUUAGUCUACUAAUUCAUGACGCAUUAUUGUAGACUCUCUACAGUGGAUAUAUUACGUGAAUGGCAUUUGCCGAAUCAUAUCAACCACGUCUCUUACUCUGUUUAAACACUUCUGUGCUUCUCAUAAUAAAGUAAUACAUAGAAUAAAG